AUGCAGUCGGUGCAGGUUCUGAUCAAUGACUUCCAGGGACCCAACUUCACCUACGAGGCGGCUCACAUAUUUUUCAUCGACAGAUGUCAAGAGUCUCUGUUCAAGGAGCUGAGCAAGUCAUGGAUCACUAAAGCCAUCAAAACCCUCAAGGAGAUCAAUGUGGCCUUCCUUCCCUAUGAGAGCCAGGUGUACUCCCUGGACAGGCCACAGACCUUCCCCAACUGCUUCAGCUCCCACCGCUCCUCGGACAAGAACAAGCAGCUGGAGAUGCUGGCAGAGCAGAUUGUCACAUUGUGUGAAACCCUGAAGGAGUAUCCAGCCAUCCGCUACAGGAAGGACCAUGAAGAUAACUUCCUCCUGGUGCACGCUGUGCUGGCCAAACUCAAGGCAUUCAAGGCAUACGAGCCCAGCAUGGGAGAGGGCCCCGACAAAGCCCGCUCUCAGCUGCUGAUUGUGGACCGGCGCUUCGACCUGGUGUCCCCACUGCUGCACGAGCUCACCUACCAGGCCAUGGCCUACGACCUACUCAGCAUCGAGAACAACACCUACAAGUAUGAGACGACGGGCAUCAGCAACUCUCGGGAGAAGGAGGCACUGCUGGACGAAGACGAUGAACUCUGGGUGCAGCUAUGCCACAUGCACAUCGCUGACGUCUCCAAGAAGGUGACGGAGCUGCUGCGCACCUUCUGUGAGAGCAAGAGGCUGACCACGGACAAGACCAACAUCACCCUGUCUCAGAUCCUGAAGAAGAUGCCCGAGUACCAGAAAGAGAUGAACAAGUACACCACGCACCUGAACCUGGCCGAGCACUGCAUGCGGCACUUCAAAGGGACGGUGGAGAAGCUGUGCAGCGUGGAGCAGGACCUGGCCAUGGGGAUGGACGUGGAUGGGGAGAUGAUCAGGGACCCCAUGAAGAUCAUCCUGUCCGUCCUGCUGGACCUCAGCAUGCAGGCCUAUGACAAGAUCCACAUCAUCCUGCUCUACAUCUUCCUGAAGAACGGUGUGAGCAAGGAGAACCUCACCAAGCUGAUCCAGCAUGCCAACAUCCAGCAGCAGGGCAACAUCAUCAACAACAUGCAGUUCCUGGGCACCUCCCUCAGGCCUGAGGGGAAGGUGCGGCUGGAGUCCACCUACCCACUCUCCCGCUGGACCCCCAGGCUCAAGGACGUCAUGGAGGACAUCAUUGAGGACAAACUGGACAAGAAGCUGUGGCCCUUCGUGUCAGACCCGGUCCCUGCCACCAUCUCCCUGGCUGCUGUCAGCAGCGCCCGCUUCGGGCAUUGGCACAAGAACAAGGCAGCAGCCGAGUACUGGAUGGGCCCUCACCUCAUCAUCUACGUGCUGGGUGGGGUGUCCAUGUCUGAGAUGCGCUGCGCCUAUGAAGUGACCCAGGCCACGGAGGGCAAGUGGGAGGUUGUGAUCGGUUCCAGUCACAUCCUGACCCCCAAGCGUUUCCUGGAUGAUGUCCAAACCCUCGACCAUGAGGCCCCCACAGAGGCCUAGAAGCAGCCCCCUCCCCCCAGAGACUCUGCCCCCCACAACUUGUUGCCCCCAGCUCCACCUGCUCUUCUCAACAAGGCACCUCCCCCCCUACUCCUGGCAGUGGUGUCAGUUUUGGGGGGAGGAACGGGAGAGGGGACGGGACCCCCAGGCUGCUUGGCUGUUAGGACAGGGGACAGGCCAGGCUCCCUCCCUCUGGCACAGUGUCUAGGGUUGUUGCCCUCUGUGCCCCGUGGCCACCGUGUCCCCGAUGGGAUAGGGGAAGAAUUAGACAGCCGUACACUCUGGACAAAGGCACCUGUGUGGGACCCGGGGUGGGACAUGCCUCCCCACAUUUGGGACAGACAAAGCUAAACAUCUCAUGGCUGCCCCUGGCGGUGUGUGGGGGGAAUGCAGUUCCCAAGUUAUGGCCACAGAGUCAAGGGAGACAGUGUGGGCUAGUGGGUAAAGCACUGAACUGGGAUGCAGCAGACUGGGGGUCUA